AUGAUCACGAGAUCGAAUCUAGCGGAGCAGUUGAGGGAGUACCAGAUUCGAUCCAAGCAUGAUUGGGCCUCCGUUUCCUUCUUCUCCUCCACUUCUAAUAAUUUCAGUCACUCGAGGGUUGAUGUUGUCAUAUUCGUCAUAUGGGAACUCGUUGUUCUAGCCUUCCUGGUCUUCUCGGCCGUAUCUUUAUACUUUAGGCACAUGCGACUCGCCUUCAUCUUAGUCUGCCUCACGUUAAUAUUGGUGCUGUGCAUGAAAGUAACGAAGCAAGUUAGGCUAGCAAGGAAGAAGAAACGAAGAAUGCUUCUGCCUCUAUCCAUGUAA